GAAAUGUUAGUUGGACCUACAUUAUUGAUGACAACCCGUGUUAUCAUCGGAUUUUCAUUGGUCGUUUCAUGCAUACUACACACUACUAGUGAAGCCAACUAUGACCGCACUGAGAGACGACUUUCUUAUCGGUCGGUAUUAUAUGUGUGGGCUGGUCAGGAUCCCUCUGUCCCUAAUGCAGCCGACUUUGUUGCUGUAAUUGAUUUCAACGAAAGAUCUCCUACGUACGGAUCUAUUCUACGCGUCGUACCACUUGUAUCGAAUCCAUCUACUGGAGUUGGACAAGCAAAUAAUGAGCCUCACCAUUCCAGCACUUCCUGGAGUGGACGAUAUUACAUAACUGGAGGCCUACUGAGUUUCCUAUCUAAACAGAAGGAGAUAUUCGUGUGGAAAAUUCCUCUAAAUCCAUUGCUUGGUCCACAGUUCGUGUGUGGUGUCGAUGCUCCUGGCUCAGCAUGUGUAGACGAGUUUCAACCCUACGGUCCAAAUUCAUUUCUUGUUAGUAUGAUGUGUGACGAAAGCGCAGGUUCGCCGGGAGAUAUGGUGAUUGUUAAUGCGGUUACUUGUACUGCCAAAUCUUUCUUAAGGAAUAGGGGAGAAUUGCAAAAUUUCAAUCCUCACGGGUACGGUCGACUGGCUAACGGCUCUGUUUUAACCGCAGAUUACAUCGUUCCAAUAACCCUAACUGAACCUGAUGCGUCGAAAAUUGUAUUUCAAAGUACCGUCAGACACUUCUACCCUGACGGUAGCUUGCAACGUACUUACAAUUUUCAAAUUCCUCCUGGACACAUAACUGGACUCGGAGAAGGCAUCGGCUUUAUGGAACUCAAAGCAAUUCCAAAUGAUUUUCUUGGCCGUGCGUACGCAUGUGGAACUAAUACGAACUAUAUCUAUCUAGUAACGCCUGGUAUUCCGGAACCAGUGCCUGUGCUCGAUGCGUCUGUAGUGAACGGGCACAAUGUACGGCCCAGCGCUGGAAUCGUAUCAAUGUUUCCUUCCGGAAAGCAUGCCCUAAUGACGUUCCAAAUGCGAUUCAUUAUGUUAAUGGACAUUUCGAUGCCGGAAAGUCCGAAAAUUCUGUACACAUUCGAUUUUUGUACGGACAGUUCCAUUGCUGGUAUGCCUAUUCGCGUUCCCGGAUCGAAUGCUACGACAACGUUUCCUGAAUUCUGUGCGGCAAAUUCUAAUAUCGUCGGCACACAUGUCAUCAUACAUCCGCCGGGCGAAAAACGAUUCGUCGUUUUGAAUUAUUUUCUAAAGUUUGGCUUGGCACAAUUUGCGGGUACAAGAUCCGUGCACGCAUUUAUACUCAAUCCGAAUUUGAGCGACUUUUCAUAUGAUCAUCGAUUCAAUCCCAAUUAUUCCGGCAGUGAUUCACGUACAACAUUUUUCUCACUUCAAGCAUAUCCCCAUCAUGCACAAUAUUAUAGGGUGUAGGAGUGGUGCGUUAUCCCCAUUUUGUAACUUUAUUUAUUAAAUAAUUCUUUUUGAGCAGAAUGAAAAUGUU